AUGCCGUCCAAAAUUCUCAUUCUUGACGGUGGCCUCGGCACCUCUCUCGAGUCCAAGUACUCUGUCACUUUCUCCCGUUCAACGCCGCUCUGGUCCUCUCAUCUGCUUGUUUCUGACCAAUCCACUCUCCAAGCCUGUCAGAGCGAUUUCGGAGCUGUCCCAGUUGACGUGCUCCUCACAGCGACGUAUCAAGUUUCGCUCCAUGGGUUCGCCGACACUCGCACUGAGGAUUUCCCCGAGGGUAUCCCUCGUGAAACUGUUCCUCGGUUCUUGGAUGAUGCUGUUAUUAUUGCUCAGCGUGCUGUGGGGGACAAGGGCCGUGUUGCUUUGAGCAUUGGACCUUACGGAGCUUGCAUGAUUCCAGGUCAGGAGUACAGUGGGAAAUACGAUGCUGAGCACAACUCCUUGGCUGAUUUGGAGGCAUGGCACCGUGAGCGAUUGGGCGUCUUCGCUGAGGUCUCUGAUAUACAGAAGCGAGUAGGCUAUGUUGCCCUCGAGACUAUUCCCCGCGUUGACGAGAUCAUUGCCAUGCGCAAAGCUCUUGCUGCGACACCAACACUGUCUGAUCUCCCUUACUGGACGGCAUGUCUCUCCCCUGACAAAGACUUCAAAAUGCCAGAUGGCAACUCCAUCGAAGCCGCCGUGGAGGCUAUGCUGGAUCCCGAGGUCUCAUCCAAGUUGCCGUGGGGUAUCGGUAUCAACUGCACCAAGGUCGACAAGCUUGACCAACUCCUUCAAAUCUUUGAGCGCACUGUCUCAGGCCUGAUUGAGAGCGGCAAGAUUACUGAGUGGCCUGCUCUGGUGCUGUAUCCUGACGGAACAAAUGGAGAGGUUUACAACACAACAACACAAAAAUGGGAGAUGCCAGACGGCAUUGAGACUCAUUGGCGCUCAUCUUGGGAACGCCAACUCGAGAUAGUCGUAAAGGCUACGGAGGAUAGAGGGAAAUGGCCCGCCAUCUUGGUCGGUGGAUGCUGUAGGGCUGGGAGCGAAGAUAUCAAGAAACUUCGCGAUUGUCUCGUGAAAUAG